CGCCCUCGCAUCGUAAACUGCAGAAUGUGGAGUUGUAGUCGGAUGGUAAUCUGCCACACUGGAUUUGAAAGCGCGCAGGAGCAGAGGAGAGGUUUUACGCACGAGUCCCGCUCGCGAUCAUAAGGGUUUGGCAAGCUCGUAUUAGAGAAGGAAUCCUAUUCUCAUGGUGGGUGCUUCAUUACUUUGUCGAGGAGUAGUGUUGGCUGUUUGAAUGUCCCCUCCAGUAAACAUGGAUUACGGACGGACCAUGGCCCCUCCGGUGCCGCCGCAUAAACCCAAAGCUGCCCGGCCAGUGCAGGCGCAGGAGCGGCUGCUGAAGUGCGUCCUGCUCGGCGACGGAGCGGUGGGCAAAACCAGUCUGGUGGUCAGCUACACAACGAAUGGCUACCCAACCAAAUACGUCCCUACUGCAUUUGAUGACUUCUCGGCUGUGGUUCAAGUGGAUGGCAGCCCGGUUAGACUGCAGUUGUGCGACACGGCGGGACAGGAUGAGUUUGACAAACUUCGCCACUUCUGCUACAGUCGGACCGACGCCUUGCUGCUCUGCUUCAGCGUCGUCAGCCCUGCCUCCUUCCAGAACGUCUGGGAAAAAUGGGUCCCCGAGAUCCGCCGCCGCUGCCCUCUGACGCCCAUUCUCCUCGUGGGCACCCAGUGUGACCUGCGGCAGGACGUCAAAGUGCUGAUCGAGCUGGCGAGGCGGAGAGAGAGGCCGGUGCUGGAGGAAGACGCCAGAGCGCUGGCGGAAAAAAUUGGGGCGGUGACGUACGUUGAAUGCUCGGCGCUGACGCAAAAGAAUCUGAAGGAGGUGUUUGAUGCAGCCAUUUCUGUGGGGCUACGGCAGUCUGACCGCAGGGUGAGACGGGAGAGAAAGGUCCGCAGCACGGCUGAUAAGAUGAAGAUGCUGUCCAAGUCGUGGUGGAAGAAGUACGUGUGUGUCCAGUAAGCGAGGGAGGAGAUUAUCUCUCUGUGACUGAUACGAAACUGAAACUGCUGAUUUAUUUGGAGGGACUGAGUUGGAUGUAAGGACUUGUUUUUACGUUCACAUGGAUUUCCCCAGAUGAGCUGAUCUGAAUGACUUUACUUCAGUGGAGCAACAGUUGAACAGAGUGUGCCUGCCUGAGCUGUGUGGUGUCUGUGGGUUUGGGAUGGUUUCACUCUGACCAGAAAAGACCCUUUGUCGACGCCUAAGAGACAGAGAACACAAGGCUGUAACCACUGUCUGCUCCUCAGAGCCAGUCCCUUAAAUAUGACUGUGACCAGCAUGCAACCAAAAAUUAUGGCGCUAAUAAAACGUUUAUGGCACAUGGACUGCAUAUCAUAAUGGACUUAUCCAAAGGAAAUGUGAGCUGACUUGGAGGGGAAGUGUUAAGAGGGUGAUGUUGAGUACUACAGCCAUGGCCAUAAGUUUGGACACAGCAUGACUUAGUAUGUCUGUUUUGAUGUCUAUUACAGAACAUAACUAAUAUUUUUUGACAGCACCAGUUUAAUUAGUCAACAAAUCAACAAGGGAUAUAAUAUUAUCAAUAAAUUCCGACAAUUGGAACAACUUUGUUCCCAAAACAUAAUAUUAGAUAUUUGUGCAACAAUUUGCAGUUAAUCUUCCAAUGUCAAUAUUUGCUGUCAAACAUCAAAUUUAUGCACUGGAAAUAUCUGUACAUUUUUUUUGAUGGCUAUGACUGGUAUUUAUAUUGUAAGUGACAAUUUUGUGGUAUUUUCUAAGAUUCACAAGCGUCAUGGUAUUUGUUUCCAAACUUAUGGCCAUGGCUGUAAAAGUAUGCUUCUUCUUUUUUGUCUAAUUUGGUUCCCUUCUUUAGCAAAGCAUUAUAUUUUAUGUAUUCUACCUUGUAAUUCAGAGCCUAAGAUUUUCAACAGAUCUAGUUAAAAUUUUAACUGAUUACAAAACAUGAAGUUAAUGCGAACUGCUCAGUUAAAACCUCAAAAUCAAAGAUGCAGUUAUUCUACUGUUAAAUCCAGUCCUGCACCUUUUAUCCUAAAUCAGAAGCAUCUACAAGUCAAAUGACAACUUAAGAAUAUAAUCAGUAGCUUGUCGGAUUUAUGUUAACUCAUAUUUUUGAGAUGGCAAUCUAAUGUAUGAGUAAAAAUUUUCUGUGGAAUCAGUGACAUGUAGAGGAUGUGUAUGCUUUGAACGGUGUACGAACUGCCAUAGUUAUGUCUGUGCCACAUGGUGAAGUGUUGACACAGCUGUCACACUGUUACUCAACCACAUAGAUAUCUGUUAGCUCCUCACUAUUACAUACAUACUACAGUAAAUGACACAUAGCAUUAACAGAAAUAACUUCUCGUAGAUAAGACGUCUGCUGUAAUUUCAAUUGUUCACUUUGCCUGAAAAGCUUCAUCUGGAAUGUUAAAGCCAACUUUUUGUUACUGUUACAAUAAUGCAGCAAUACAUAGGUGGUGCCACUGAACAUUGCACUUAUUACACACAGUCCAAACACAUCACUUAAGUCCUGCCAUGCAAUGGCCUUUGGACCAGUGUUGGAGUGGAAAUUUUAAUAGUCCUUUAAAAAAACCUGGGUGUCAGAGCAGGUAAAGGUCUCCCAUUCUCUGCACUACGCCAUCAGUUUGGAUGAUCACAGGGUCUUUUAUUGCCACUCUAAUCAGGGCCUUAAACAGAUAAUUAUCCAUCUUUGUCGGUCAGUAUAUCGGAGCUCUCUCCUCUUUUGAAUUAUACAGUACAUGAGGUGAAAUCACCACAGAGACUGAUUCUGUGUUUGCUUCUUAUUUUUCAGAAGCCUGUCAUUCAGCUCUGUCUAUUUAUCUGUUCCUUCUGGGCCAAUAGCUGAUCAAAGAGCGAUGCAGAGCAGAUGUAUGAAAUAUCGUAUGCCGUUAUGUAUGUUACAUAGUAUUCAUUUAUGAUGUUUGUAAUGCCAUCGGGAUAAGCCUUCAUGUGCAUAUAGAAGUGACUCGGUCAUCGGCUGUGCUGUCCAACUCUGAAUGGUACUUAACAGCGUGAGUGUCUCAGUUUGUGUCUGACUCUGGCAUGAGAAAAGUUUGUUGAGCUGUAUGAACGGAACGAAAUAAAAUGUGAAAUAUUUAA